AAAGACCCUAGAGAGAGGAAGUCCCGAUGAUUGGCAGAGAGAGGAAGUUAAAGGUAAAGAUUUUUUUGAAGAUUUUAGUAAUUUCUUUUUUAUACUAAGUAUACUAUUAUUGCAGAUUUGAGUCCGUCCCGUUUCCCAGUCGUCUUCUUCCUUCCUCCCUUUUCUUUCGAUCGAACACUAAAACCUAAUCUUCAAUCCUCUCUCGUAUUCCGUCUCCCUUUCGAACAAUUUCUGUUCUUUUCUCUUUUCCCGGAAGAAGAAAGAGAAAAACCGCGAACGAGCUUCGGCUUUUUUUUUCUUCUCUUCCUUCCAUUUUCCGGGAUUCUCCCCAGUCCACUGAUCCAAACUAGGGUUUCUCUUUUCGUUUCUGGCUGGGGUGGUGUGCUUGGAGGAUAAUCGUCUCCUCCUCGUUGAAGAAAUGUUGAUUAAUGAUCCCAAUUCGGCGUAAUUCCAGCUCCGAUCUUGAAGUUAGGGCUCGAAAAUAGGGAUUUGAAACGCGAUGGAUUUGGAUUCGUCGAUGGGGUCGGAGCCCGAUCAAGAUCCAGCCGCGCAGCAAAACGAUUUGCCUGCUCCACCUGCUAUAGACAGGGAGAGCCCGCUGCCCGUGGGAUCUCCGACCGCCGCUGCGACAUCGUCUUUGCCUUCGCCGGCGGCGGCGGCGGCUGCACCGGCGCAGGUUCAGGUGCAGCAGCAACAGAGCCCGGUGGUGGGUCCGAGGCCGGCACCAACGUACUCGGUGGUGAAUGCUAUUAUAGAGAAGAAAGAAGACGGCCCCGGGCCUAGGUGUGGUCACACCUUGACCGCAGUCGCCGCUGUCGGGGAAGAGGGGACUCCUGGCUACAUUGGUCCGAGGUUGAUUUUGUUUGGUGGUGCGACGGGGCUGGAGGGAAAUUCUGCCACCACGGGGACUCCUUCAUCUGCCGGGGGCGCUGGCAUCCGAUUGUCAGGGGCCACUGCUGAUGUUCAUUGUUAUGAUGUACUGUCAAAUAAAUGGUCGAGGAUUACACCUAUCGGAGAACCACCUACACCCAGGGCUGCUCAUGUAGCAACUGCUGUGGGAACCAUGGUUGUCAUUCAGGGUGGAAUUGGUCCAGCUGGUUUAUCUGCUGAAGAUCUUCACGUUCUCGACCUCACACAACAACGUCCACGAUGGCAUAGAGUUGUUGUUCAAGGCCCUGGGCCUGGGCCACGAUAUGGCCAUGUGAUGGCAUUGGUGGGUCAACGGUAUCUCAUGGCGAUUGGAGGGAAUGAUGGGAAAAGGCCUUUGUCUGAUGUAUGGGCCCUUGACACAGCAGCAAAGCCUUAUGAGUGGCGGAAGCUGGAGCCAGAAGGGGAAGGUCCACCACCGUGCAUGUAUGCCACUGCAAGUGCUCGGUCAGACGGUCUUCUGCUGCUUUGUGGGGGGAGAGAUGCAAACAGUGUGCCAUUAGCAAGUGCAUAUGGACUUGCUAAGCAUAGGGAUGGCCGCUGGGAAUGGGCAAUUGCUCCUGGUGUUUCUCCAUCUUCGAGAUACCAGCAUGCAGCUGUUUUUGUCAACGCUAGACUUCAUGUGUCGGGAGGGGCUCUUGGUGGAGGUCGCAUGGUAGAGGAUUCAUCAAGUGUUGCAGUGCUGGAUACUGCGGCUGGAGUUUGGUGUGAUACAAAAUCUGUGAUUACUAGUCCAAGGACCGGCAGAUACAGUGCUGAUGCUGCUGGUGGAGAUGCUGCAGUUGAGUUAACAAGGCGCUGUAGGCAUGCUGCUGCUGCAGUUGGUGACUUGGUAUUCAUUUAUGGUGGUUUACGUGGUGGGGUUUUGCUUGAUGAUCUACUGGUUGCUGAAGAUCUUGCUGCUGCUGAGACAACUAGUGCAGCUUCCCAUGCUGCAGCUGCAGCUGCUGCAUCUAAUGUACCAGGAGCAAGGAUGGGUGGAAGGUACGGGUUUAUUGACGAAAGGAGGCAAACAAUGUCUGAAGCAUCAGCAGAUGGUUCCGUUGUCCUAGGGAAUCCUGUAGCUCCCCCUGUAAAUGGCGAUAUGUACACUGAUAUAAGCACAGAGAAUGCCAUGCUUCAAGGAACACGGAGAACGAUCAAAGGUGUUGAAUAUUUAGUUGAAGCAUCAGCAGCAGAAGCUGAGGCUAUCACUGCAACUUUGGCCGCUGCUAAGGCUCGACAAUCGAACGGUGAAGUUGAAUUGCCAGAUAGGGAGCGUACUGCAGAGGCCACCCCUAGUGGCAAACAGUUAUCAAUGAUUAAACCUGAUUCCAUUGGAUCAAAUAGCAUUCCUCCUGCUGGAGUUCGGUUACAUCACAGAGCGGUUGUUAUAGCUGCUGAGACUGGUGGAGCUUUAGGUGGCAUGGUUAGACAACUGUCCAUUGAUCAGUUUGAAAAUGAAGGUAGAAGGGUAAGCUAUGGGACUCCUGAGAGUGCAACUGCAGCAAGGAAAUUGUUGGACAGACAGAUGUCUAUCAACAGUGUGCCCAAAAAGGUCGUUGCCCAUCUUCUAAAGCCUCGUGGCUGGAAGCCCCCAGUUCGUCGGCAGUUCUUCUUAGAUUGCAAUGAGAUAGCAGAUUUAUGUGACAGCGCUGAGAGAAUAUUUUCUAGUGAGCCAAGUGUUUUGCAACUUAGAGCUCCAAUAAAGAUAUUUGGUGAUUUGCAUGGACAAUUUGGUGAUCUUAUGCGUUUGUUUGACGAAUAUGGCGCCCCUUCAACUGCUGGUGAUAUUGCAUACAUCGAUUAUCUCUUUUUAGGAGAUUAUGUUGAUCGUGGUCAACACAGUCUGGAGACUAUUAGCCUGUUGCUUGCUUUGAAGGUUGAGUAUCCAAACAAUGUGCAUUUAAUUCGUGGGAACCAUGAAGCUGCAGAUAUCAAUGCCCUUUUUGGCUUCCGCAUUGAGUGCAUUGAACGAAUGGGUGAGAGAGACGGAAUCUGGGUUUGGCAUCGGAUCAAUCGUUUAUUCAAUUGGCUUCCUCUGGCUGCAUUGAUCGAGAAGAAAAUCAUUUGUAUGCAUGGCGGUAUUGGUCGCUCAAUAAAUCACGUUGAACAGAUCGAGAACAUUCAGCGUCCUAUUACCAUGGAAGCUGGCUCGAUUGUGCUCAUGGAUUUAUUAUGGUCUGACCCAACUGAAAAUGACAGUGUGGAGGGAUUGAGACCGAAUGCAAGAGGCCCUGGGUUGGUUACCUUUGGGCCGGAUCGAGUCAUGGAGUUCUGCAGUAACAAUGAUCUUCAGUUGAUUGUACGUGCGCAUGAGUGCGUUAUGGAUGGCUUUGAACGUUUUGCACAAGGGCAUCUCAUCACACUUUUCUCUGCCACAAAUUAUUGUGGCACUGCCAAUAAUGCCGGGGCAAUCCUAGUUUUGGGAAGAGAUCUCGUUGUUGUUCCAAAACUCAUACAUCCUUUACCACCAGCCAUGUCUUCGCCAGAAGCUUCGCCUGAACAUAUUGAAGAUACGUGGAUGCAGGAGUUGAAUGCUAACCGCCCCCCUACACCAACUAGGGGUCGUCCUCAAGUACCGAAUGACAGGGGCUCUCUUGCUUGGAUAUAAAUUAGAUGCUAUAAUACUGUAUUGGAUAUAACCCACCACCUGCCAAGUGUUCCAGUUACUUGUGCCACCACCAUGGGAUUUAUGGUUGGCCUCUGUAUAGAGCCUGAGUCGAGACAUCUCGAACUUGUUGACCAUUGUUGCUGAUAGAAGUCUGUGAAGGCCUUGUGUGAAUUUUCCAGUUUCACUGGUAAAACUGUGCAGGGCCAUGAGAUGACUAAGAUGAUUGACAAUGGUCGAUACGAAUUCCAAGGGAGAGGAACAGAGCUGUGGUUGGCGCUGGCAGUUGUUAGGUUGAUAUGUUGUAGAAGACGCAAGUUUCCUCGGGUAGCCCUGCCCAUUUGUAUAUCGAGCCAGAAGAAGCAGCAGGUAGAAUGUCUGCAAGAGUUGGUGUUUUUUCCUUGCCCAAUUUGAUGAGAGUUAGUAGUGGUGCUUAGAAUUCUUCUCAAUAGUUGUCAUAUAAUCUUUCUCAAGUUUCCCGAGUUUUCUUGUUUUAGGCUUAGAUUUUUCUUGCCAAUUAUUUUUCCUUCUAAAGGGGGCAAAGAUAAAGGUCCUUCAUAUGUGAUGGCGAGAUAUAUAUAGUUAACCCUUUACAACACCUUUGGUGGGUUUACCCUUUGUAUCAUAGAGGUGUUUUGUGUAAGUUUCUAUGCUUGUCCUUUGCCAUUCUCAGAAGUGUUUGUUUCGUCAAUUUUGGUGACGGUGUAAUGUAGCAUUCUUCGUGGUAAAGCUUAUAGCGGGUUAUUGCAGGUGUUUGUGAUUGAUUUCGGGCAUCUCUUGUGGAUUGUGAUGCAUAUCUCUCUUAAUAUCUUGCUGAAGCAUGGUUUGUGAA